AUGGCAGAGAUUUCCCUCAGCACGUUCAUGUACCAGCUCUGUGUGUCUAUCCAGGCUGUGCUCACACUCAGGGCUUCAGGUCUCAGCACGGGUUGUGUGAUGGACUCUGGUUACGGUGUUACCCACAGUGUACCAAUCUUCAAAGGCUACUGCUUGCCCUGUGGUGUUCUCCAGCUUGACCU